AUGGACCAAUUGAAGCUGGACCUUAAGCGGUUUGAAAGAAAGUUUGAGAAGAAGUACGGAAGACCACCCGGCCGCGAAGAUAUAAGAGCUUUGCCUGAUGUUAAGAGCAAAUACAAGCAAUACGCUGCGUUCCAGAUCGAGAAGCAAAGACAAUCUGCUAAAGAUCCAGUUGAAAAAACCCCCCAGAGAAAUGAACCGGUAGAGCUCGGGCCUACACCUCAAAUUUAUGGCAAAGUCAUCGGGCUCUUUGACAUGAAAGUAUCCCCGUUGAAGAACACAAGGAUAAUAUCACCAGAGGCGUCAUCAAGUCGCAUACAAACAGAAAUAUCAGUACAAAAACAGCUUGAAGUGAAGAGGUGUCUUGAUUUCAACCUUACACCCAAAAUAUCUCCUAAGAGAUAUGCAUAUGGACCGAACUCACCGCUAAAAUUCGAUGAUAUUCAAUUAUCCAUACACACACCGAGACGCAACCUGCGCAAUCUAAUAGCAGAAAAUGAUAACAAUAGCGCUGGGAGCCCAUCUCCGAUAAUCAAACGACACUUAGGAAAGCCACUACUUCAAAUAGCUCGUGAAAACGAGAGAAUGAUGAAGGAGACGGACGCCCUUAGUGAUGAUGAAGUGAUUUCUAGCAAAGUUAAAGACGUGUUUGGAGAUGACGAAGACGACGAUCUAGACGCGCAGACUGAGGAUGAACUCGGCGAGGAAGAAGUCAUAUUCAAGCGCUCUAAACGUAAGCAUAUAUUGCGCCCUGCUAAGAGUGCUUUAAAGACUGUACAGCCUCUUGAUGUGAACGUAAAGGAAGAAAUGGCGAGGUUGAAACAACAAGCUAUUGAUGAAUUUAAUGGUGUUGAACCUACGAAGCCUCUUGUAACUCAAGCGAGCGUCGCUUCUGUAACAAAAACUACGCGAACAAAGAAUAAGAAGUAUAACCUGGUCAGUAACAAUUUCCGUCGGCUAAAGCUCCCUAAAUCCAAGGGCAAGGGAAAUAAAAAAUGGGGUCGACGGUAG